GGGCGGCGGGCGGCGGUGCACGUGCGGUCCAAGGGCCUCCUCGCACUACCCGCCAUCCGCCAACAUUUUGGUUGCAUGUUUGGACAUCAUGAUGUCCACAUGCAUUCGCAAUCUUCCCGGAUGGCGAGUAGUGCAACCAGGGUCGAAGUGGGAACGAACGAGCGAAGUGUGCCAUUGCAAGCGGCGUGUUGAUCGAGUGGCACGCUCGCUCCGUGAUCGUUUGCUGGUGGUGUCGAAUGCUGCAGAGGGGAGAGCGGCGGCACAAGACGAAUGCGACUCGGCGGGAAGGGAAAAGGAAAGGAGGAGUGAAGAGGGCGAAGGAGGCGAAGAAGGGCGGUAGCAUUAUGCCGAAUUCAUCGUGGAUUCGUGGGUGAUAAGAAGCGGCCUGCAGCUGUGGAAGAGGGACGGGGAGAAAGAAAGCGGGAGCGUUGUUGAAAGCAAAGCGAAAGAGAGAGCAGAUGGGAGGACGGAUGGGGAAGCGGAUAGGAGAGAAGGAGGAGAAAGCAGACAGAGAGUGAAAGACAAUGGGAAGGGGGAGUAUCUACAACAAAUAGUGAGCACGCGAGCCGAAUCGAGGACAAAUGGCGGAUCAAGGAUGACUUAGCCAAUCUGCCAAGUUCGUGCGAUACUGUGUCGGGUGAAGCAUCAAGAACGGUGUCCGUUGCAUGAUUGUUAUAAUCGUGCUCGAGCAGGAUUUGCGGAGGAACAGACGGGAGAGUGUCUCUCUUACAUGACCGUAAUAAUCAUGCGGGAAGCG